AUGGCAGAGUUCGGCUGGCCUGGGCCUGUUAGCGAUCAUACUGAAAUAUUAUCCCAUAGCGCCGAAGAAUGUUUCGGUGGCCCUUUCUUUGAUGCAGAAGAUAAAUUUCUCUGCAAGGGCUUGAUUCCAGACCGCAGUCUAGAGGAUACAGUCCCAUUUAUCAAAGAAAAGGAACGAGAGGGAUUUUUAUCCUUUGUGCGAGAAAUGCUCGUUUGGCUUCCGGAGAAGAGGAAGACUGCUCGCGAAUUAAUGGAACAUCCAUUCUUCGACGACUAA